AUGCAGGAUUGCAGGGGCGCCCAGGACCAGGAGAAGGCUACUAUCAACUUGCUUCGCAUCAACGCGGGGAGGAACGCCAAGUGGUGGUACUCCGCAUUCAACAUCGUCACCGCCAUGGUCGGCAUCGGCGUGCUCGGCCUUCCCUAUGCCAUGUCCCAGCUCGGCUGGUUCCCGCUCCACCACAAGUUUCCCUCCAACUACUAUGGACAAAGUGGAGGGGAUGAUGAGAGGUUUGCAACUGUCGGCGGCGGAGAAGAAGCAAGUGCGCAUGGGCUUAGGAUUGGAGAUCCAGGGGAAGACGGGGGCUACUUUGUUGAAGGCGUUUGGGAAGUUGCUCUCAGAGAGACAUGUUCGGCUAGAAGCAAUCGAGCAGGUGACGGGAUGGAUUUGGUGUCUGCGGGGGAUCGAAUGGGCGCUGGUGUCACGGUGUUGGUCUUGUCAUGGAUCACAACGCUGUACACGCUGUGGCAGAUGGUGGAGAUGCACGAGGGCGUGCCGGGCAAGCGCUUUGACCGCUACCACGAGCUCGGGCAGCACGCGUUCGGCGAGAGGCUGGGCCUCUGGAUCGUGGUGCCGCUGCAGCUGGUGGUGGAGGUCGGCGUCAACAUCGUGUACAUGGUCACCGGCGGCCAGUCCCUGCAGAAGUUCCACGACGUGGUGUGCGACGAUAAGUGCAAGAGCAAGGACAUCAAGCUCACCUACUUCAUCAUGAUCUUCGCCUCCUGCCACUUCGUCCUCUCCCAGCUCCCCAACUUCCACUCCAUCUCCGGCGUCUCCCUCGCCGCCGCCGUCAUGUCGCUUUGCUACUCGAUGAUCGCGUGGGUCGCGUCGGCGCACAAGGGGAAGUCACCGGACGUGCACUACGGCUUGCGCGCGACGACCACGCCGGGGAAGGUGUUCGGCUUCUUCGGCGCGCUCGGGGACGUGGCGUUCGCCUACGCCGGGCACAACGUGGUGCUGGAGAUCCAGGCCACCAUCCCGUCGACGCUGGAGAGGCCGUCCAAGAAGCCCAUGUGGAAGGGCGCCGUCGUCGCCUACGCCAUCGUCGCCGCAUGCUACUUCCCGGUCUCGCUCGUCGGAUACUGGGCGUUUGGCAACCAAGUUGAUGAUAACGUCCUCAUCAGCCUCAGGAAACCCAAGUGGCUCAUCGCCCUCGCCAACAUGAUGGUCGUCGUUCAUGUCGUUGGCGGCUACCAGCUAUAUGCGAUGCCGGUGUUUGACAUGAUAGAGACGGUGCUGGUGAUGAAGUUUCGGUUCCGCCCAAGCCUGAUGCUCCGCCUCAUCGCCCGUAGUGUCUAUGUCGGGUUCACAAUGUUUGUAGCCAUCACCAUCCCUUUCUUCGGUGCAUUGCUCAGCUUCUUUGGUGGAUUUGCAUUCGCACCGACGACGUAUUUCCUUCCUUGCAUUAUGUGGCUCAGAAUAUACAAGCCUAAAACUUUCAGCAUCUCAUGGUUUACCAACUGGAUCUGCAUUGUUCUAGGAGUGUUGCUGAUGGUACUGUCACCGAUUGGUGCGCUUCGUCAGAUCAUCUUGAAUGCCAAGACGUACCACUUCUACGAGUAA